CAAUGUUCAAUGUUGUUGGAUGAUGGCACCGGGUUAAAGUUGCUGUCGAGAUGCAGUCGGACCCGAUCCAGUGGGCUCCUAGAGAGUACAGUCUAAAGGAAUUUCUGACAGAAUUCUGCUCGUCCUUACCGAAAAUUGUGAAAGUCACCGAGGGCUUCCUGGGUGCCCGAGAGUUGGAGACACUCAGCGCCGAGACAAUUCUUAGGAUUCAUUCCUUGUACUUGCAAAAGAGAGCCAUUACAGAAUCCCACAAUCAAACAGUCCUGUCGAUUCCUGUAAACCUAGAGUCGGUGAUGUUUGAUGUGGUACAUCAGAAACAUAAAACUGGUCCUUUUACAAUGAAGGAAGUGUUGCAACAUUUCAACUUACCUGUCACAAUCUCACCAACGGAUAAACUGAUCUAUAAAGAAAUGAACAAUCCCAAGUCAAAGGAUCACAAAUUGCGACAGCUCAGUGUGAAGCAGAUAUACGAACAGAAAUUCUUGUUGGGUCAUAACAUCAUUAACAAUGGAAAACUAUCAGUUCGAUACCCAACUGUGAUCCCUAUGUAUUUGAAAGAAAUUAAGUUGGUUGUAGCAGAAGGACUUAAAGGUAAAAGUGAGACAGAAUGGAAUAUUAUGUGCAAUCAUUACAACAAGGUUGCCAAAGACCUUGGGAACUUGGAUCAUUUCAUUUGCUCAGAUAUUACUUUGCUGGACACAGAUGAGCUGGAUCUGUACAUGGGAAAAUACUCUGAAAUAGAGCCAAUAUAUGUCGAUAUCUGCAGAAAGACGUCAGAAAACAAGUAUGAGACAAUACAUCCUCAGCAGAGCCUAUCAGAGGCCCCAAAGUACUAUUCGAUUCAAAGUUACGGAGAAAAUAAGCCACAGAUAUCCCCAGAACGAAACACUGAAAUCAACUAUUCUCAGCUGAAUGCACCAGCCACACUAAGAAGCAACGUUAGAUCAUUGUUCAAGUUCUCACGCGGAUCAAGUUCCAUGCAAAAACCUGAAGCAAAAUAUAUUGCCUGUAUGAGUGAGGUUCCAGAUGACAUACAACAUUUGAAUGUGGAUGAGGUCUGUGACUGUUUGAAUUUAUUAAACAUGGGGGAGUAUACUGAGAUCUUUCAGUCACAGCAAGUUGAUGGCCAAUUGCUUUCUGAUCUGGAUAGAGACAUGAUGCUCAACACAUUUGGGAUGAGUAAUUUCCAUGUCACAAAAUUAAUACGUUUCCGUGAAGGAUGGAGACCAAAGUAACUAGGAAUAGUCUCCUCUUUCAAAAACAUUGUGAUGAAGCAUAUUCUGAAGUGCUCAUAAUCAGAAAAAUUACAAUAUAGGUAGUUCUCCUCUAAUGGCCUAGUUGCGUGCCAGUGAAAUCUCUACUUAAUAGAAAAUCACUUAAUAGAAAAAAUAGGGCCUAUGGGAAAAGUGGGGUUAGAUUAGAUUAGAUUACUUACAGUAUGGAAACAGGCCCUUCGGCCCAACAAGUCCACACUGACCCGCCGAAGCGCAACCCACCCAUACCCCUACAUUUACCCCUUACCUAACACUACGGGCAAUUUAGCAUGGCCAAUUCACCUGACCCGCACAUCUUUGGACUGUGGGAGGAAACCGGAGCACCCGGAGGAAACCCACGCAGACACGGGGAGAACGUGCAAACUCCACACAGUCAGUCGCCUGAGUCGGGAAUUGAACCUGGGUCUCAGGCGCUGUGAGGCAACAGUGCUAACCACUGUGCCACCGUGCCGCCCACAAGGGGGCAGACCAACAAAGAAUAUCAUUCACGAUCUCUCAAAAAUCGCCCAAAAGCUAAUGUAAAGUAUAGCACAGCUUGAAUGAAGGUUUAAAUCAUAUUUGUUAACAAAAGUAAAUUUAAUCAAGUACAUUGAAAAAAUAUUCUUAAUGCAGGGACAGAGGAUCAUCAUCACUACCACCUUCAAGUCAGUUGUGGUCGCAGAAAUAGACAGCUGCGGUUGAUUGUCUUCUGCUCUUUCUUGGGGUUGAUUUAAAAAGGACAUCCAGUUUUUGCUGCUUUGACCUUUUUUUUCCUAUCUUGAAGAAACUGUUCAUAGGGUUACAGAUGAUGUCUUAUUAAAUAAACUGCUAACCCUGCUGUAAUCAUUGUCCGCUAAGAGCUGCAACAGCCCCUCAAUUUCCCUCAGGAUAGAAGACAAAAGAGAUAUGGAAAGCUGUCAUGGUGCUGCAUCCUGGACUUCAUCUUUUUCAUCUCCAGCUUCCACUUCCCCCUCAGUGACAAGCUGUUGUAGAUCAGCUGUAGAGAGUUCUUCACAGUGGGAUUCAAGCAGCUCUUCAAUAUCCUCACCUUCCACUUCUUCAAAGCCAACUUGCUUUGCAAGGUUAACACAAUGCUCUUUGAUUUUUGGGAGCUCCCUUGACAGUUCACAUCCUUUAAAAUCUUGAAAAAAAUUCCUGGAGGAGCUGCCACCAAACUGCAUGCAGGUAGUCUUUAUUGGUAUCAUUCCUCGUGAAGGGCUUUUGCCCGAAAUGUCGAUUCUCCUGUUCCUUGGAUGCUGCCUGACCUGCUGUGCUUUUGUAGCACUACACUCUCGAUGCUGAGCUCCAGCAUCUGCAGUCCUCACUUUCUCCUAGUUGAUGUCACCCUAGCCCUCCACAAUAAUAUCAAUAGCAUUCUUGACGUUAAAGCUCUUAAAAAAUUGAAGAACACUGUCCUUAUUAUCCCUGUCAGUAGCUGCAAUCAGCCUCUUAAAUAUGCGUCUUAAAUAAUAUGCUUUAAAAGCUGAUAUUGCACCCUGGUGUAUGGGUCGAAUGAGAGAGGUUAUGUUUGGAGCUAGAAGUAGCACUUUGAAGUUUUCAAAUGGUGUAUAAAAGUAACGCAGGAAUUAUACAUGGUUUUAGAAGGAGAGCAAUGAACAUUCAUAAGUUCAAUUUUUACGAUGAAGAUGCUCAAUGUAUAGUACUGUAUCUCUCACAUGCUCUGAUGGCAGCUGGCAUCAGAAUGGCAUGCAGACUUUGGUGCUGACAUCGCAAAACAAUCACUGCUGAAAUCAUGCGAUUGCAAAUAGAGGUAAGCAUUCUCAAAAAUACAGUUCCUCAAUUCUUCAGCGACAUUUUAGCCAAAUCAAACUGCCAAAACACACUUUAUACAAGAAACAUCUGUAUCAGCAUUGUACAACUUUACACUAAGCAUAUCUUUGGUGGAGAAACAAGUAAAUUUUGUAAAGUGAAAGAAUCUGUAAAGUUAGUGUAAUAAUUUUGAAAAUGCCACCAACAUCUGUAUCUCAGCUCAAAGGUUAAUUUGAAAUGUCAAUAAAAGAAA